AUGGCAGAAGCACCAAGUUUAAAGACUGGCCUGUUUCUGAUAGUUUCUGCACUUCUGUUGCUUAUUUUCGGAAGUUACGCGACGUUCUUCGAAGCAUUCCAUCAUCAACAUCAAACGGGGAUCUGGCUUGUGGAUAUCCUCGCUCAAGACGUUUAUUACAAGUACUUCUUCAUACUUCUCAUACCGACUACGUCAUAUUUCGUGAUUGCCAACUGGGUAGGAUGGCAAUAUUAUCGCAAUUCUUAG